GCUACAACGUAUUCUUGCCAAAAAAUCUGAGCCUUAGAUGUAAUCGCUUCCGCUGAUGCCGCCAUUUCAAAUCGAAAUACAGGGAUAGGGUAUAGAUAAUAUUUUUUUAAAUGUUUUAUUUGCAAAUCUUUUUAUAUUUUCUUUUUAUUUAGAGUAAGUAUCUAUAUUUAGUUGUAUUUCUGGACCUCAAUAGUCUUCUAAGAUGGAUGCAGAUACAGAGCAGGUGACGGACAACACAGAAACUUCCCAAAAUGCAUCUGAGGAGCCCAUAUCAGAAAACAAAUCCAGGGGUCGUGGUGGGUUCAAAGGGCGUGGCCAGGGGUUCCGGAUUGGUCGAGGAGGCAUGCAUGGUGGACGGGGCCUUAUGAUGAAAGGAUUUGGCCCACCCGAACGAGGCAGGGGGGAUAGAGGACGGGGUGGGGACAUGAAUGGGUUUGGACCCAUGAGGAGAGGGAUGGGGAGGAUGCGGCCGUACCCAGACAUGAGGGGCAGGAGAGGAGGGAGGGUCGCUCUGAUGGGUAGGGCCGGGCCUAUGGGGAGGGGCGGUCUGAUGGGGAGGGGCGGUCUGAUGGGGAGGGGCGGUCCGAUGGGGAGGGGCGGUCCGAUGGGGAGGGGUGGUCCUAUGGGAAGGGGAGGUCCUAUAGGGAGAGGCGGACCUAUAGGGAGAGGCGGACCUAUGGGCAUGGGUCCUCCUCCACCCCCACCCAUGCACCUGAGAGGCCCCUACCCACCAAUGCACAGACACGGCCCCCCUCCGCCUCCCCCCCUGGGCCACCCUGGUUUUAGAGGGCACCCCCCACACCCCAGAGGAAGAGGCAUGUCCCCCGGACCCCCACGCCACUUCCACCCCAGGGGCCCCAGAGGGAUGGAAAUGGAGAGAAAGUCUGGAAACCGUGGUCAAUCUACAUUCUUUUGAAGCAGGUGAGGCAGAAAGGAAAAGGGAGAACAUUGCCUAUUGUUUCUGUUGUCUUUAGAUUUAUUUUGUAAUACAGUAAUGAAUUGCCUUUUUUAGGUACAACGCUAUGGUAUAUCUUACAUCCAAACAUGAAUGUACAUAAAGGACACUGAAGCACACAAAGAGCCAUAAACUAAGGUAUGUUUUUAGUCAAUUUGAUAAUUAUGGUAAUAAUGAUUACCAUAUGUAAAUUACAGGGUUUAAGUGGGUUUUGUUAAGUGUUGAUUGUUACGUUCAGUCAAUGGGGGAGUCGAUUAAUCGCGGCCGUGUAGGCAUGUUUAGCAUCGGCUGAAAGAAGAUUUCAUGGGAUUAGUAACCGGCUGCCUCCCGGGCGUGAGCCAGGUGCCCUGUUCAAAACCCACGUCGCAAUCGGCUCGAAACUUCGUGACGUAAUUAAUCACGUGUAGUAAUUAGUAGGAUUCUGGGAUUUCCCAUGCAAAAGUGAUCGCUUUGGAUAAAAAGGAUUUAUCUGCCAUCCCAAUGAAAAAUAGUUAGAAAAAUCAAACAUUUAUUUUAUGGAAAAUAUGUAUGUUUCUGGACGAUGCACCAUGCUGCCUUGUUGACAAAAUGACAGAGCGGCACAGAUUAUUGUUCGAUUUGAGAAUGGCGCUCCUCCCUCCACGCUUUCGCUCGAUGACGUGACAGGCCAUUACCCGGUGCCCUGCGGCUCAGCAUAAUCGUAAUGACCCAAUCCUCUAUAGAUUAUUUAAAGGCCCAAAGCAGACGUUUUUAUGUCAAUGUUAAAUUAUUUCUGGGUAACAAUUAAGUACCUUACUGUAAUAGAUUUCUAUUCAAAUUGGCAAAAACUAAAAUUGGCAAAAACUAUUUCUCAAGCAAGAAUUUUGCUAGGACUGUCUGGGAGUGGACUGAGUGGGGAUGGGAAAUUUAAAACUAGCUGUUAUUGGAAGAGCUUUGGAACUCACUUUGUUAUUGGUCAAGUGGCAAUAUGUAACUUUUUGGGCGAUUACAAAUUCACAUAGAAAUGUGAGUUAUAAAUCUAUCAGUCUACUUGAAAGCAAGUCCAAGAAGCAGUAGAGCUGUUGUUCUAUGUGAGCUAUUUCUAUCCUUCCCGUUCUUAAAUGUUGUUUUUGUGUCUUUUACUUUUGGUUUUGUACAUGAGCUUAAAACAGUUGAAACAAUAUUUUGGGUUUUGGAAAGUAUAUUCACAGCGGUUUAGAUUAUACUAUUUUAUACUGCAUUUAACAAAAUAUAAACGCAACAUGUAAAGUGUUGGUCCCAUGUUUCAUGAGCUGAAAUAAAAGAUCCCAGAAAUGUGCAAUACACAAAAGAAAUCGUAUUUUUCUCAAAUGUUAUGUACAAAUGUGUUUACAUCUCUGUUAGUGAGCAUUUCUCCUAAGCGAGGAUAAUCC